CUGUCACUUAUUAAGCUCAAACGAAUGUUUUGUAGUGUAAUCAGUUCAAACGAUGUGAAAUGUUGUGUUAUGAAAACAAAUAAUAUUGCUAACUCAGCGUUGUGAACUAGCUUAAGAAAAUUGAUUUUCUUGUUUCAUUUUAUGCUCGUUUUGUUAGACAACAAUUGAACUAAUACAUUCCCAGUAUGACAUGGCUCUCGAAUUGAGCAUAUUGACGCUAAAUAUAUGGGGCAUUCCAUAUAUAUCUAAGGACCGCAGUGUUCGGGUUGUUGCGAUUGGAGAUGUAUUGGCCAGUGGAAAUUACGACAUCGUUUCCCUGCAGGAAGUUUGGUCUGAUAGUGACUAUCAGUAUUUGAAAAACCGUGUUGAAGGAGUGCUUCCAUUUGCACAUUACUUCUACAGUGGCGUAGUCGGUUCCGGCCUGGCUGUGUUUUCCAAGUACCCCAUCAUUUCUGCAUUCUUUCAUGCGUGGUCGGUCAACGGGUAUGUGCAUCGUAUUCAGCAUGGUGACUGGUUUGGUGGAAAAGGCGUAGGAUUAGCCAAGAUCUCCGUGAAUGGGGAACUAGUACACGUGUAUGCUGCUCAUCUUCACGCCGAAUAUGACCGAAACUUCGACGAUUACAUGUCACAUCGAGUCAUACAGGCUUACGAUACUGCUCAAUUCAUUGAAAGUACACGAGGUAGCGCUGUUGUUCAGAUUCUUGCCGGUGAUUUGAACACUGAGCCGGGCGAUUUGGCGUACCGGAUUAUUCGUACCAACACAAAGCUUACUGAUUCCUACGAUCGUACCAUGUACACCAAUGGCGAGCUGGGUACGAACGAGAUCGCGCAGAAUACUUACACCGAUCCGGAGCUUGCCAAGAAGAGUCCUCAAGGUAAAAGAAUCGAUUAUAUCAUGUAUCGAUUUGCAAAUCAUUACGAGGGUCAUCAGUUGGAGCAUCGUCUUCCACUACCGAACAGAAUUCCAGGUAGAGACAUAAGUUAUUCGGACCACGAGGCAGUUUACGCCAAAAUAAUACUGAAAAAAGCAACGACUCAAACGGGUGGAGAAAGUGGAGAACCGACACAGAGCCAAAAUAAUGACCAGGAAACCGUCCUAGCUCUUAAGGAAAGUAUUGUCAUAUGCAACGAAAGUUUGAAGAAACUGGAAUCUGACAAGCGGAAUUACAUAUUGAUGGCAGUCGGAGUAGCUAUCGUUUUGCUCAGCAUGCUCGAAUUAGAUGCCCCUUACGGACUUAAAAUGGCCUUUUUGCUGUUGAAUUUUUUACUCUGUGGUGUGAUACUUUUUUUCGUUUUUAUGGCCACCAUUUGGAACAUCAUGGAAAAGCAUAGUACCCUAGCCGGGAAGCUGUCGAUGGAAAUUGCACUCAAUGUGUUCAAAGGUGUCGAUGGCGUUGGUGAACUUGGUUGAAAUAUCAGAUUUGCUCACCAGAAAUGUGAUUUUUGAAAUUCGUUGAUCUGUAGGUUGUAAGACAAUCGAUCUUAAAGUUGAAAUGAUGACUGUUUAUGGUCAGUAAUUAUGUUUAGGUGGUUUAGGGAAAUUUUAAGUUGAAAGUUAUGCAUUAUGUACAAAUGCGUAAAUUGUGCAGUACAACUAUUUGAACGUAUCAUGUCUCUAUACUCGUAUUCGAAUUCAAAUUGUUACGAAAUACAUUACUAACACUA